AUGGUGAACGGGACCGUUACGAUGAAGCUCUACCACGUGGCAUGGCUGGAGCACGUGGUCACAGAUGCUAUCAAGCACUGGGAGGCGCGCCAAGGUCGCUUCUCCAACUCCGCGGGCUCCAACGCGCAGAUCGUGGACGGCCUGCACGUCCUCGUCAAGGGUGCUGUUACUCUGGCCAUCGUGGAGUUCCGGCCCGAGUAUGACGCGGUGUCCCAUACAUGGGCAUGGGGCCGCCAUGGUCUUCGCAUCUCGGCGGACGGCAUAGCGGCUGCAGACGCGGUGAGCUCCGAAGCUAGUGCCAGCCGCGGGACGCCGCAGGCAUAA